AUGCGCCUCGUGCAACGCUCAGAACAUGAUUCGUGCGACUCGCGGUUUCAGCUGAAAGAGGCCGUGCGAUUUGUUCCUCGAUUCAGUGAGCAGGAGCCGGAGUAUUUUUUCGCUCACUUUGAGCGUAUUGCUCAAUUGCAUAUGUGGCCCCAGGAUAAAUGGGUCUUACUGAUUGACAGCGCUUUUAUAGGUAGAGCCCAGGAGGUAUUUUCGGCGCUUGAUCUUGCACAAUCCCAAAACUAUAAUGUUGUAAAGCAGGCAAUUUUAAGUGUGUAUAAAAAAGUGCCAGAAGCAUAUAGGCAAGAGUUUCGUAACAGCCGCAAAAUUGCUGGCCAAACAUAUGUAGAGUUUAUAAGACGCAAAGACCUGUUGUGCCGUAAAUGGGUUGAAAGUCAACUUUCAUCCCGCGAAUAUGAGCAAUUAAUAGAGUUGUUCAUACUCGAAGAAGUAAAAAAUUGUAUGCCAUUAAGAGUUCGUAGCCAUAUAGAAGAGCGAGGAUUAACUACUCUGUCAGAAGUUGGUAUGGCUGCUGAUAACUUUUCCCUGACUAAUCCUCAAAUUAAUUACAGAUCACGAGAGUCGAUACCCCAUCCUAACCUUUCCAGACAUGCUCCUCCAAGGACUGUGGAAUCAGAGCGGGGUGUGACUGAGACGUCUUAUGCCCGAGUUCCCUCUCCCCCUGUAAACCUCGGUAAACCUAAUGACGGAUCUGAUGGUAAAGCUGAAAAAAUACUUUUCUGUCGUUAUUGCAAGAAGGUAGGCCACUCGAUUUCUGACUGCAUUAAAUUAAUUCGUAAGCGUUCAGAUGAUGCUAAACAUGUAAUGCAUAUUAGCAUGAACACUGAAUCCAUAACAAUCCCUAAAGAUUUUCAAGGUAACUCUGAUGAAACUAAUUCCAUUAAUCAACCUAAGCAGAAGAUUCAUGAAGUAAAUCCUUCAUUCCUUCCCUUCCGUUCCACAGGUUUUAUUGGUAUGGUCGGAACAGAGGAGCCUUUUCGUCCUGUCAGUAUCUUGCGGGAUUCGGGUGCAGAAAUUUCAUUGAUUUGCAAGCAUGAUGUCCCAAGUCCAGUGUGUUAUACUGGUGAGAAAGUUCUGGUGGAUGGCUUCACGGGGAUAGCUGGCUUGCCUCUCUGUAUGGUAUAUCUCAGGUCAGAUUUUGUGAACGGUCCAGUAAGACUGGGGGUAGUAGAUUACAUUCCUGCUAAGGGCAUAUCUGUAAUAAUUGGGAAUGAUCUUGCAGGUGGUAGAAUGUGGCCCUGCCCAGUAGUUACAUCCUGUCCCCCGAAGGAGAAUAAUACCAAAGAACUGGAACUAAAGUAUCCACAGCUUUUCCCUGCGUGUGCGAUCACACGUAGCAUGAGUAAAAUAGUCACAAACUCAAAAGCUGCAGAAUCUCAUGCUAGUGAGAAUGACGUUUUAGGAGACUUCACUCUGAAGGAUUUCUUUAAGGAUGCUGAUAAAUUAGUGAUACCUAAUAAUUCUGAGGGGAUCAUUCCUUUGAACGGUAAACCAGUGACUAGGGAUGUACUUAUAGCAGAACAAAAUAAUGAUUCAGAUUUAGCAAAAUUUUAUGAUGAUUUAGUGGAUGAAAAUGAGAUCGAUAAUUUUGGAAACUGUUUCUACCUGAAGUCGGGAGUUUUAAUGCGUAAAUUCAGGAACUUAACUGUUCCAUCAGAUGAAAUUUGGAACAAUGUCCACCAGAUAGUUGUUCCAAAAUCACUACGUUCUGAAAUACUAUAUUUUGCUCAUGAUUUAUGUGGUCAUUUAGGUGUAACUAAGACAUAUCUCAAAGUUCUAGCUCAUUUCUUUUGGCCCAAACUUAAAAAGGAUGUUGGUAAACACUGCCAGACAUGUCACAUUUGCCAAGUUAAGGGGAAGCCAGGUACCUCGGUGAAGCCAUAUCCCUUACACCCAAUUCCUGCAGUAGAUGAACCUUUCAGUAAAAUAGUAAUCGAUUGA